AUGGCUCUACCUGCAACCCCGCUCAAGUUUUCCACCGCCUUGAGCCUCCAAGAGAAGCUCGUGUCCGGUUCACUUACGAGCCGGCAGCUGAUUGAGGCUUGUCUACAACAGAUUGAAAGCCAUAAUGGAGUCUUGAAUGCCUUGAUAAGCGUAUGCCCUGAACAUAAUGCUCUGAUCAGGGCCGACGAUCUUGACAAGGAGAGACGAGAGGGAUAUGUUAGGAGUAGACUGCAUGGGAUACCUGUCGUGGUCAAGGAUACAUUCAUUACCCAUAAGGACCUGGGAUUGCCUACAACUGCUGGCGCCCAUGCUUUCGCGUCGAUGACAGCACUCAAGAAUGCCUCCCUGAUCGAGAAACUGCUUCACGCUGGUCUCAUCAUCAUUGGGAAAGGCAACAUGACAGAGUUCUGUGGUCUCAAAUCCAACGAUACACCGGUGGGGUGGAGCGCGUUUGGUGGCCAGACGAAGUCACCAUACCGCCGUGAUGACCUUUCUGAAGACGAACAACCAAUCGCUGGGGGUUCUUCAUCGGGGUCGGCGGUAUCCAUCGCAUCCGGCUUCUGUCCUUUGGCUAUCGGCACGGAGACAAGCGGUUCAACUGUGUACCCAGCAAGUCUUUCGGGACUGUAUGCCCUGAAGCUCACGCCAGGCUUGAUACCGACGGAUGGGGUCUUCAAGUUGAGCUCCAGCUUCGACGGCAUCGGACUGAUGGCCAGGGAUCCGCGUGAUUUGGCGGCGCUCGCUGAGAUACUGGUAGGUAUUCAGACCGACAGCCCGCUUGUCAACCUCCCGACCUUCGAGGUCAGCUGCAGCUGGGAAGGACUUUCGGUAGGUAUUGCCGACGUUCUCUGGGGCAUACACGAGACUGGGACGGACAAAUGGGGCCACCCCCAUGUGCGAGCUUCUUGGAAGGACGCAGUGGACAGGAUGUGUGGUGCUGGAGCCCGCGUCGUGUAUCCUAUCGAUCUGCCAGCCUACGAUACGGUUACCCACGACAAGCAGACGCUUCACACCAUCGCUUACCAUGAGUUCCCGUCUCAAGUGAAGGAGUUCGCCGGUAAUUUCGACCCCGAGACCGGAGAUGUUAGAACUCUCGGGGACAUCAUUGCCUGGAACAAGGACCAUGCAGAUGAAGCCUUGCCUCCGCCCCAUACAACGCAGACAGAGCUCGAGGCAGCUCUAGUCGCGGCAACGGCCAUGACGGAAGACGAGCACCAGGCAGCCGUCUCUGAGAUUCGACGGCUCGCAGGCAUUGACGGACUAGGGAGGGCCAUGCGAGAAGCACAAGUGGACGUCAUUGUGUCGGCUUCGGACUCCAUCGUCGUCGGCUUCGCGGGGGCCGCAGGGUGGCCGAUCGCGACCGUUCCUCUGGGGAACCUCGAGACCAAUGGACAGCCUUUCGGACUCUUCGUAAUCGCACCCGAGGGGAGGGAGGACUUGUUAUUCAGGUUUAUGGGUGCAUUCUACGCAACAUUCCCGGCUAUCGAGAAGCCUGCAGAAUUCUGA